UGUCAUACAUUGUAGCUGUGAGUUUUAAUCAUCAUUACUGCUGUAAAAUCCUACUCACCACCGAUGGAAUGGAGGAUUUUUCUAGAUAUCUGGCCAUCAACUGGACCUUUUCUUUAAUAUGUUGCAUGUUCUGGAUUUUCUCACCUGCAGAAGGAUACAUAACCAUCUCACAGUUGGUGGGCAGCAAAGUGGUCCUGCGCUGUAACGUGUCUCUCAGCACGUUCGAGCAGCUGACAUGGAAAAUGAAUGGGGUUAACUUGUACAGCUUCAAGUCGAAGACACCCUUACAUGUCAAUGAAGAAGCUGUCCGCCUGAACAUAAACAUGUCUUUGUCAGAGAGCGAACAGUACGCACUUGUCAUGGACCAAGUCCAGAUGUCUCAUGCAGGGAACUAUACCUGUGAGGUCACAACCCUCCAUGCACCCUUGGAACAUAUGUGGGAGCUGAUAGUUACAAAUGUGACAGACAAAGCUGAAAAUCAGAACGAGCUGCCGGUUAUUGCUUUGGCAACUAUUGUUCCUUGUGUUUGUUGCCUGGUGUUUAUAUUUUCUUUGAUCCUUCUGAAAAGAGUCUGCAAACAGCAUGCACAACAUAGCAUUCAAUCUCCACACGCAAACAUGCAUGAGCAAACAGAAGAUAUAUAUGUAAACUGCCUGGAAACUGAUGUCAGGCAACGACACAGCAAUAAUCAGCUUUUCAGUAACAAACCCAGUGCUCACUUAUAUGAAGUAUGAGCAGUUGAAACAGGGUUCUCCACACAUCCUCCAGCAACAUUAACAACAUGUCAGAAACAAAAGAACAAACAAACACAAACCUCUCUAAGAGUUACAAAGAUAAAAUUAGAAAAAGUACAGAUACAAGCAUACGUCAUGGAUGACAACUCAAAGGAAACAUGACAAAUUCAGUUCCACAGUGGGCUCCACUGUGUUCCACUGAGUGUAAAUCCAUCAUGCCUCUCUGUGGAGCAGUGAGGUGAGGCCUUUUCCAUUCCCCAGAACUUUAAUGAUGCUGCAGAGCCUUGGUUAGCCAGUGCAUAAUGUCCAGCAAUAGCAUAGUCCGUGUUUUGUGAAUGUAGUGCAGUCUUAUGUUCAGAUAUGUGAAUCUUUAAAGCUCUUUUAGUUUAGUGUUUUGUUUACAUAAACCAGACCAGAGGGACAUUUCAGCAUAUAGACAACAUGUGCGCUGCUGCAGUUAAUGAAGUAUUUUUACCAGUAUGUGGAUGUGAUGAUAUAAAUGACAUAUGACAAAAAUGAAGAACUGAAUAUGUCAUGUUUCCUUUAAUAUGUCACAUUUGACGGAUAUUUGUACUUGUUUUUUAACUUCUGUCCUUGUAACUUUAAGAGAGGUCUAUGUUCUUCUGUUUCUAACAUGUUGUUAAGGAUGUGUUGCUUGGACACUGACUAUAGCAACUCCCACCAGUGGACUCAUUAUCGAAUACAUUUGAAACCCUGUUCAACCAAUUAUCUAAUGACAACUGCACAUCAGGUUUAGGCUGAUAACAUAUUAUGUUUGCCUCAUGUCUUUGUCCACUUGAUAAAGACACAGUAGUGUUGAAUUCUUAGCCGUUUGCACAAUUAAAGGCUGUGAAUUAAUUGGUGUGGUCAAGUCCCUUUUGUUCUCUGUAUGAAGUAUGAACAGCAAUAAAUAUGAAGUGCAAAAAGCAAGGGCGCACUGAAAGUGGACUAAUGUGUGAAAUAUCUCAUCAUUUUAUAGGAAAUUAAAGACAUAAUAUGUAACUUUUCCACAUUACAAUGUUUAAAAAACAUCACUGUGUAUUUAACACCCACAAUAACAACCAUGUCUAGAACACAUAGGGCAUUUUCACAUCCUCUGUCUAAAAUUCUUUUCACUCUGAAUAGUUACUUCAGUCUUUAAGCCCACUUGGUGAUCAGUUUGAUGUACAGUUUCA